AAGUUAUUUUCUGCAGUGAAAUUUUUUCAAGAAACAAAAAACUCCUGUUUAAAAAAUAGUAUUGUGGCCAUAGUUAUACUCGUUCCGAAAGGAUGUUAGUUUUCUGUGAACUUUGCUUCAAACGGCCGAACGAUGUGGGCAAAAUGUUCAUCUCUUCCUGCCAGCACAUGUUUUGCCGGAUCUGCGCUGAGAGUUCAACCGACUGCACCGUGUGCAAGAAGCCGUGUCGCAUAUUGGAAAUAAUCCGCGGUAAAAUACCGGAUGCGGUUGUAGAUUGCUUCGAACCCAUCAGCAAUGAUGUUAUUCAACGAAUGAUCAAGCGAGCAAAGUUCCAGUCUGAGAAGAUGGAUAUUUAUAUAGCCGCUCACAGCAGCAUUUUCGACAAAUACGAAGAAGCCAAGAAGGGCUAUUUAAAAAUUAAAGGUCACUACGAUGACGUCAAGAGGGCUUGUAACGAGGAAAUUGAACUCAUUCAAAAGCUGCGCCUAAAACGGAAACCGAGAAAGCUUCCUCCCAAUGUUACUCCUAGCAGUGUCCCAUCGGGAGUCUACACACAGAUGCGUUCUUUGAGAAUUUCAACCCUGGAGAAAAACCAUAACUCGAGCCAGGUUCAAUGCCUGAAACGUAAUCGUAGCUCAAGCUCGGACAGCAGUUUCAUUUCGCGCAAAGCCACCCCGACAAUGCAGUCGCCGAAUGAUUACAUCAUGAAGCGCUUUACCGCCUCUUCCGAUGACGUGGUGUUCAGAAAGCCGUUGCCGAUUGAUUGCUUCAAGAAACCGCUCAGCCUGUUGGAAACUACCAAGCCGGAGAUCUACCAGGAAACGAUGCGUUCCAUGGAGAGUGCCUUCAAGCGGCCGGAAAGCACGGUGGUCAAGGGGCCCACCCGAGCCGGAAACGUUGAACGUGCCCGGAACAUUUUCUACUCUUAGAUGGCAUAGAAUCGAUCGUUUUCGGUGUCCUUUCGAUGAAAAGGACAAAACAUCUUAAGCUAGCAUCAAAAAGGAUUCCCCUAGGGCCUGAGGGAAACCAUCGUUUGUUCCAGUGAGUGUUGACUGCGGUAGACCUUGACUACAUGUUCGAACUGUACUUUCAUCUGUAAUCUAUCGAACUUCGAACCGUCUCUUACCUAUUUGGUUUUGUUUUUUUUUUUUAACGAAGUAUUGCUCCUUAUGAACAGCGGUCCGAGCCGUUUAAAAAUACGAUUUUAAAAGAGAAGAGAAACGUAAGGCGUAGCAGUAUUAAACUAAUUUUACGCUCUAUCGAGUUGGAAGAUAAAUUAAUCGUCAAGCUAUAUUUAUGAAGCAACAUAUCACAGAAUAUGUUGUGAAUUUUAUACUACUUGGAAAACUAGUUGGAUAGUUAGCGCUGACUUGUGUUAGCAGAUAGGCUGCCGCGAGUCUGGUAAGUCAGGCGUACUGAGUUCGAUUCCCGAUAUCGGCAAACAAAACUUGGGUUCUCGAAUCUCAUAAAUUUGCCGACAGGUAAGAUGUGUAACUAAAUAUCAAUAACUAAA